AGCCUUCCUCUCACCCCAACUUCUUUCACGCCUUCACGCCUUCACGCCUUCACCCUCGCGACUCGCGACUCGCGACGACUGCCGCGCACCCGACGACUACAACUACUACGACGAUAACAAAAUCGAGAAACGACACGGUGCGCGAUCCGACUAAGGGCUCCCUGCGAGCGGAACAAGUCACGGUCGCAGCCGCGACCGGUCUGAGCGGCCGAGAUGGACGGUAUGGACUACGACCCGAUGGUGAUGGAUGGGGAGCCAGAGCAGCCCCAAGUAAAGAUCUCAGCGGCCGACAGCACGCGCGUCGACUUUGAGCUUUCCAAGACGAACCUCUCCUUCGCCAACUCGAUACGUCGCAUCAUCCAAGCCGAAGUGCCGACCAUUGCCAUCGACCUGGUCGAGGUCGAGGUCAACAACUCCGUAUUGGCUGACGAAUUCAUCGCGCACAGGCUGGGCCUCAUCCCGCUUAGCUCCAAGGGCGUCAACGAGCUCAACUACUCGCGCGACUGCGACUGUGAGCAGUACUGUGAGCAGUGCAGCGUCACGCUGACCCUGCACGCCAAGUGCACGAGCGAUCAGAUUAUGAAGGUGUACGCGCGUGACCUCGUCGUCGACGGCCGCCACGCGAGCUCUGUCGGCAGCCCCGUCAUAACCGACCCCGAGGGACUCGGGUGCCUCAUCGCUAAGCUUCGCGAGGGCCAAGAACUGAAGCUGUCAUGCAUCGCCAAGAAGGGUAUCGCCAAAGAGCACGCAAAAUGGAUGCCUACGUCUGCCGUUGGCUUCGAGUACGAUCCGCACAACAAGCUGCACCACCUCGACCUAUGGUACGAGAACAAUACCGACCCCCAGAAGGAAUGGCCGAAGAGCAAGUACGCGGAGUGGGAAGAGCCCCUGCAGGAAGGCGAAGCGUUCAACUACGAUGCCAUGCCGGAGCGGUUCUACUUUGAGGUGGAGGCGUCCGGGACCAUGGAGCCCGACCAAAUUGUGCAAGGAGGAAUAAGAGUUCUCCAGCAGAAGAUUGGCGCGCUUCUCAAGGGUCUCGACCCGAAGAAAUACGGUGGUGAAGACGCCGACAUGGACGGCCCGCGGAGUCCAGACAUGAAUAUGGACGGCGGCACCACUCCCUGGCAGGAUCAGGGUUAUACGACUCCGUACGGCGGCAACAUGACGGCCUACGGCGGCGGCAACACGGCUUACGGCGGCGCGCCGGGCACGUCGUACGGAGGGGCUGGCACCGCGUACGGGGGCGGAGCAGGCACGUCGUACGGUGGAGGAGGCUCGUAUGGGAGCACCACGCCGUACGGUCAGCCGUCGUGGCAGUGAGUUUGGCGUUUGGGGGGCCGGGGCGCUCGGGCGGUGGGCGGUCUCGAAAAUUGGGUCGGCGCGGUCUGGUAUGCUUCCAAGGGCCUUUGUAAACUAAACUGGGAACCACGGACGGGGUAGAUAUGAUCCGUGCACGCGGCGCCCGGAAGCAACGCUCGCGGAUGGCGGAUACAUUGCGUGCGCUUGUAAGUCUAUGCGUAUUCUCUAAUCAAGCGGUGCCUUCGCUUGUCUAUUCCACGGCCUUUUUUGAAUGUUAUGAAUGUCCGC